ACGUCUCCACCCGUACCGUAAUCCGCGCGUCAGCAUAUUUCUUUCACGCGUGGACACAAUAAGAGUCGUUUCUUAUUUCUUGUCGAAGAUUUCCGAUUUCUCUUCUUGAACUUAGACACCUUGCAGCUCCCUGUCCAGUCUGCCACGACACUGACAGAUUCCUGGGCUGGACCGCCUUUGAUAAGCAUCCUAUGGUAUUUUGUUCAAGAUGGCGGUGGCGAGCAUGGAAAAGGACGCGAUAAACACAGAAGAUGAUCUUAAUCUUAACAUCUCGUUUGGAGAUGCUGGGCUCAUUUCUCCUGACAAAGAAGACAUCUCUCGCAUCCUGACAGUUCCAUUCAGUGGACGAAUAAGAGGUGGGAUGAGGCCUGGGAAGAAGAUCAUCAUAAUGGGCAUUGUUGAUCCAGAGCCAGACAGCUUUGACAUCAGUUUAACCUGUGGCCACAGUGAGGAGAAAGGGGAUGAAAAGCUCGCUGAUGUGGCCCUUAAACUCAGUGCUCGAUUCACUGAAAGGCAGUUCUUGAGGAACGCACGGGUUUCUGGGAAAUGGAGUGAGGAGGAGGCACCCAUAGCUUACUUCCCCUUCAUCCCGGACCAGCCUUUUAGGAUUGAGAUCCAUUGUGAGCACCAGCGCUUUAGGAUCUUUGUGGACGGACACCAGCUGUUUGACUUUUAUCACAAAGUAAAGUCUUUGCAGGCCAUUAAUAUGAUCCGGAUAGAUGGGAGUCUUCAGAUCACCAAACUGGGUUAACCAAGCACAUGUGAGCAACACGUCAAAUAUGGACUUCUCACAGGUUUGCCACAGGCACUGAUGGCCUCUGGGCCGCCGCUCACACAAAGACAUCAACAACAUCUGCAUUUCCACUUUCAUCCUUUAACCUCUCAUUAUAAUGGUUUCUGAGUAUUGUAUCAUAACAGGUUGGUGAGUGGUUGCAGUAUCAGAUGUGUGUCCCAGUUUUCCAGUGUCUUUGCUUCACGUUGUAGCUGGUUUGAUUAGCUUCUGUCAUUUUCUUUCAGGGAUCGCACACUUCGAUAUGCAUUCUGUGGCAGUACCACACGCCACUGGCAUUAAGCUGCUUUCAGUAGACACUGCCAAUGAAUUUGUAACGGUGUAGUUUGAAAAUGAUUCAAAACUCAGGAAAUCGGACUUUGCUUCGUUUUGUUCUGAAGACAAAUUUGCUUUAAAUAUUCUUUGAUAUCUUGACAUGCUUUGGCUGCUAGAAUGUAGAAGCUUAGAUUCAGUAUUUGCCAUUCCAACAGGGUUUAAUUUAUUUGGGUUAUUUAAUCUUAAAGGGAUGUUCUCCCAAAAUGACAAUUGUCAUCAUUUACUCAUCUUCAUGUUCCAAACCAUUUUUGUUGCUCUUCGGAGCUAGGGUUGCACAAUUAAUCACAAUUAAUGUUUUUUUGUUCUUGCACAUUUUGUCAGUAAAUCCAGUUCUGUGAUCAGUAGUAAAUCUCCAGCAUGUGCUUUCAGAUGGUGUAGCAUUUAUUACACAGAGUCACAGUUGACGAACUAUGAAAAAUUUGAGAAUAAAAUUGAAGAAAUAGCAUCUGUUUGUGAUAUACGGCUCUGUGUAGUUAAUGAUGCUACAUCGAAACGCGUUUGAAAAUGCCUCAUUUAAUAAAAGAUUUGUACUCCCAACUCGCAUCAUAACUUCAGUCAAGUGUUUUAAAUAAGAUGAUGUGGCUUCUAACACCGAAUAAGACACUCAAGAUAUUUCAAAGCAUUCUAAGCAGUGAUGAAGUCAUGUACUUCAUGAUUUUUCUUAGUUCUUAUAAUUUUCAUCGUAUUUGUGUGAUUAGUCAUGUUGAGACAGUGAAAGCAGUUACAGUAAAUCUUCUGUUUAUUCUGCAACCGCUAUAGUAAAAUCCUGGGUGGGUGGUUUCUUCGUUGGUGUUUGGAGUUUCUGCAUAAGAUCGCUCUCUGGCCUUCAGAGGAGAUUUACUACUGGUCACAGAACUGUUCUUUGCCGACAAGAUGAGCAUGACUAACACAGUUUUUUUUCACCAUUUUGACUCAUCGUGCAGCCCUGUUCGGAACACAAUUUAAUAUUAUUUAGAAUCAAAUCUGCCAGCACUAGUUAUUUUCACUUCAAAGGUCCAGAAAAAUGAAUUGUCGAAGUAUACUGCUACUGUUUGUCGUCUACUCUAUAGGGUCUUGAGGAUGUUAAUGAUUGAUUCAUUGAGUGAAUGGAUCAUUGAAUCAUCGGCAAUUCAUUUGGGAGCAAAAUGCUGCAAUGCUGCUCUAUAAAAGCACUGAUUCAGUGAUGUUUUCACUGCAUUUCUGGACUUUCCAACUGGAAGUUGUCUAACCCAGUGUUUCUCAACUACGUUCAUGGAGGACCACCAACUAGGGCUGCAUGAUUCUGGCUAAAAUUUUUUUUUUUUUGCCUAAAAUUAAGAUCACGAUUUUCUCACGAUUCUGUAGAUGUAAAAUAUAGGUUUAUAUGAGUAGGCUAUUAUUAUUGUUAAUUCUCAAACAUGUGGUAAUACAAAAAUAAUAUUAUUAGGCCUGUGUGUAGGUCUGCUCUUGGUAAAAAUGCUACAUUUGGAAUAGACAUGGAAUUUGAACAGACUAAAUAUGUCCUGUUUGCUUAUUCACAGUAAUGUGACAUCAGAAUACAACUAUACUAAUUCUAAAGUUGAAUUACUAUGUUUGAGACAUAUGCUUGUCAUUUGCCAUUGACUGCAUUAUUAGACCAUUUUUUUCACUGGUAAAAUGAGACAUUUGUCAUCAUCAGAUUCCCUCCUGCAUUAUAUUCAACAUUAUGUAGGCUAGAAUAGUUCUACUGACCCAGUAAAUAUUUGUUUUCAUGCACAACACUGUGUUUGCUAUGAAAGAGAAAACAUAUCAAGUGAUUGUCGUAAUUAAUAUAACUCUAAAAUGUGAUCGUUUAAAUGAUGUGCGCGCCUGUUGCACUUUCACUGCUGCUUGCGUUCAUGUCAUGAGGAAAAAAAAACAUGCAUGCAAAUCAAACUUCCUACGCGGCUCUCAAACGAUCAGUUUCUCAAACGAAACUGAAUGUUAUUUACAACUUUAUUAGAUGUUAUUCAAAGCCUAUGCAGGUUCUGUUCACCAAAGUAGACAUGGCGGGCACGCGCGCAUCCUCUCUGUGGUAAACAAACAGUGCAUCAGCUAACGUGUGAUUUUGCGGCCGCGAAUACAUCAUUACAUUAAGACAGAAAUGACAUUUUUGGGUGACUUAUAACUUCUAAAUACAGUAAGUGACACUUUUAACACCAUUUGGAGGGGUCCAUGUUGCCUAGCAGCUUAUGUAAAACAAUGAAACACUGCAUGUUUUGGAUGUCUCCUUUGUCUGUCACACCCAUUACAGGUCUUUCAGUCUCUGCUAAUGAGCUGAUGAUCUGAAUCUGGUGUUUUUGGUUAAGGAGACAUGGAAAAUGUGCAGAACUGGACGCCAGGAACGUGGUUGAGAAACACUGGUCUAACCUGUCAAUGAAUGGACAAAAACCUCUAUUUAGGUGAACUAUCUGUUUUAAUUAUUGAAGUAUUUUGGUAGGAUCUUAAAAUCAUGUAGCAGUGUAUAUUGUAGGUUACACAUUAACCUGUAUCUGUUUAUUGCAACUAUUAAAUAUUGCGUGAAAUGUUGCAAUAAAUGUUGUAGAAUGUCACAUGAGGGUUAUUUAACUUAAGGUUCACCCCAAAAUAAAAAUGUUCCACUCAUGUUGUUCCAAACCCCAAAUUUUAGAGCAUUCUGUCUCUCAAUUGAACGUGUGUUUAACCACAAUUCUGUCCCUUCAUAAUGUUCAUAAAGGGAACAAACAGACAUUAAUUGAAUUUUGACAUUCACACAAACAUUGAUUUGUAAACAAAAACAGAAGCUCAACCAUACCUGCUUGAUCUGCGGGAGCAAACCACUUUGGUUCUGAUGUGCAAGAAUGAAUCUCAUUGGUUUUCAUGUCAGACAAGCCUGCUUCAUUUUCUCUGAGCAGAUUUGAAAUACAGUAAUACAUUUUGAACUGAUCAGUGUUUCUAUGUGAACAAAGUCUUUAAAAAAAUAGGAUUAAUACACUCAACUUGAUUAAAACAAUCUUCAUUUUUGUUCCAAAGAUGAAUAAAAUUCUUGAGGUUUGGAACGGGUGUAGAUGAUGACAUCAUUUUUAUUUUGGGAUAAACAAACUGUUUAAAGCUGGAAGCUGUUUUAAAAGUGAAACUGAUUAUUUGGUCAUCUGUUGCAGGUCAGCACCGAAUUUUAAGUACUACAGUAUAAUGUCAAAUCCUGGUGAACCAAGCCAGCAAACCAUUACUUUUGGACACAGAUAUUCCUUUAGAUCUGUUUUCUUUGAGCAGUGACCCCUGUGCGAAAUAAUAACUGCUCAUCUGUUUACGCUAUUAUAAGCCCCUAGAAAAAGCUGAAGGAGCUGAAAUAACAGGGCUGAAUUGUUUCUUGAAUGUACGACCAUCCACUUAUAGGCUUCGUAAUAGAUUAGCAGUGGAUGUAAAAAAAACUAUUACUUCCUUUUCGUUCUUACUAUACUCUGAAUAUAAACACACAGUCAGGGGUCGACAUACUUCCUGUGUUCACACGUGUUUACUCGGAAACUGCCCAAAACACCCUUUCAGUAUUAUUGCUUCAAAUUUCAUUACAAGAUCCAAAAAGCACUACUUUCAUUUGCUUAAUUGUACAGUGCUCAAAAGUUUGGGCUUGGUAAAAUGUUAUUAUUACAAUAUAAAAUAUACUUUUUUCAAGAUUCUUUGAUGCAUUUGUUUGAAAUAGAAAUCUUUUAAAGUCUUGACUGAUAGUUCUGAUCAGCUUAAAACAGUCAUUCUUGCUAAAUUAUUGAAUUUUCUUUCUGACCCCAAGUUUUUGAAUGAUAGUGUUUGUAUUAUUAUAGUCUCAUCAGUUUUUGUGUUGAUGAAUGUGGCCUGAACUGUAGCAAAGAAGGCGACUGUGCUUCUCAUCAGUCAGUAUUAUAUUCAGUAUUAUGGUCAGUAUUGUAUUAUUUUAUAGUUAUACUAACUCUGCUUUAGUGUCCUGGAACACAUGAAAACAGAAGAGGUGAAAAGAUGUUACUAACAAAUGGCUGAAUGGCCAAAUUUACUGGUUAAAUCUGAUAGGAUGAAAUAUUACCAUUUUAAAUCAGAGAUUGCUUGACAACAUUCAAAAAACAUCUGCUCACAUUAGUGUUUACCCAGCCGUGCAAUAGGAAACUGCUUCUUAAUCCGUUAAGAUACUCCUGAUAAAACUCUAGCUUGAAUAAAAUAUUGGACCUCUCAUGAAAAGGAAAAUGGCCUGUUUACAUCAAGGAUGAUAAUGAGUAUGAGUCAGCAAGUGUAAUGAUAUCUAAUGAAAUCAUUUUCAGAUAGGGCGGGUGUGUGAUGUUGAAUAAUAACAUAAAUAAUAAUAUAAAUUUUACAUUUAACACCCGUUUUUGUUUAUUUAAUAAAUAUUGGUGUCAGAUGAUUUGUUUGUACGAUAUUGCAGCGUGUGUUUUGUGCUGGUAUGCCAAGUAAAUAAAUAUGAUGCUAAUGGUUUGUUUUCAAUGAGCAGUACAGUUUAAUAUAGUACAGUUCGCACUGUUUCCAUUGUCAGACAUUGUGAAUGUACCAAAAUUGCAGACUAACUUUUGGUGUCUUUCUAUUGGUGUGUCUAGCACUCAAUGCAGAUCAUUGAUUGGUUGACUGCGUGUGCUCUAAAAGCCAUCAAUAUUUAAACGACACACACACAUUGUUGGUUUUUGGCUUCUUCAUCCUUCAAUUGCUAUUUUCCAGCAUAUAUCAAACUUAUGAAGUAAGUUUAAUUGCUAAGUUCAGGCAUAACACCAGACCUGUUAAGUCCCGUUAGCAGUGGAAAUGUGAGCUGGACAAGGAUUUAAUGUCCUGAAUCCUACUGUACUGGACUAACCUGGGAUUUUCUUUGGAAAUGAGUAUGUGACCGCAAAGUUUUGAGUCCUUUUUAUUCACAAAUUCUCUCCCAUAGCCUCAUGGGAUAAUAGUUUAUCCAUCAGACCCAAAAUUCUGAAUUUCUCAGUAUAUAGUAAACCACCUGGGUGCUUCUUGCUUUAGAUGUACCAGAAGUUCUCACCAACUGUUCACACACAGUUCCUCAUCUACUGGAAGUGAUGUUAGUGAGGCCAGCUGAGGGUGCUUAACCUGCGGUCCUAAUGCCCCAGUAAAGCGAAGGAGACACCAUAUUGUCCGUGGGCACCGUAUUUUGGAUGAGACGUUACACCGAGGUCCUGACUCUUGUGGUCAUUAAAAAUGGCACUUCUCUUAAAGAGUAGGGGUGUAACCCUGGUGUCCUGGCCAAAUUCCCUCCAUCAGUCCUUACCAUCUCGGCCUCCCAAUAAUCCCCAACCACCGCAUUGGCUCUAUCACUGUCUCUCCACUCCACCAAUAGCUGGUGUAUGGUGAGCGCACGGGCGAUGUUGUCCUGUGGUUGCCAUCACAUUAUCCAAGUGGAAGCUGCACACUGGUGGUGGUGUGGAGAGACCCCCCUCAUGAAUGUGAAGUCUUGGGUGUAUGGCCAUACACCAAAAAUGCAUUGUAUAAAUACACAUUACAUCACUGUGCUGAAUGAAAGAAGGCUUAUUCAGAGUUAAAACUUGUGUUGAUUAAGGAUUCAUUGAGUAAAUAGAUCAUUAAAUCAUUGACCCACUCAAAAAUGAUUGGUUUAGGAACAAAACACUGCACUGCUCGGCUGGUUUGGAACCAUUUUACUGUCACAGAAAAAACACAGUAUUGUUUCUUAAGUAUUUCUAAAAAACUUCUUGCUUGUUAAAGUGUUGUAUGAAAUUAAUAUCACAUUUGCAAUCAUGUCCUGAUUUGAUGGUGAUUAAAAAAAAACUCAUCCAGGAAUAUGUUUCCUUCAUAACUUAUAAAUUAUAGGGGUUUUUUAUUUAAAAAAAAGAUUUCUCAAAAGUUUUUGUAAUCAUGCGAAGAAUGCCUUUGGACUCAAGUGCUUUUGUUUCCACUGGAUCAUUGUUAAAAUGCCAAUUCUCAUAUUUCAAGUAAUGAAACACCCCUACUUAUCAUUUAUUCAUUUUUGCAGAGUCGAUGAAAAUAAAAACAUUGACAGCCAACCGGAAUCUAGUCUGCUUUAAAAACAGAUCAAGUUUUUAAAAGGAUAGUUCACCCAAAAAUGACACAUUAAUCCUCACUGUUUAUUUCUCCGCUAUUUACUGACACUCAAGUGGUUCUUUAGGAAUUUCUUUCAUCUGUUGAACAUAAAACAAGGUAUUUUGAAGAAAGUCACUGCCUGUUUUUUCCAACAUUCUCCAGUUCAUCAUCCUUUGUGUUAAACCAAAGAAAGAAACUCAAACAAGUUUGGAACAAGAGUAAAUGAUGACAGAAAUUUCGUUUUGUGGGUCUUAAACUAUCUCCUUAAAGUGGCAGACUCUCUUAAAACUGACUUACAUUUGCAAAGCCACAGCUUACAGUUCUCAUUCUUGAUGAAAACAGACCUUUUAUACUAUGAAUAUGUUUUCCAUUUUUCUCAGCUGGUGUUUAUGAAUCACAAACUUCACAAAGUAUAUGAAUUGGUACUGCAACAAGCAAUAUGGUCCUUGGCCACAUUCUCAUCUGACAUUUCCUGGCAAACACUUUAAUAUGAAACAUUACGCUAUUAAUCAUCUGGACCAGUAUGCUACGCUUAACAGUAUUUCUAACUGCUAAAUCUGUGAUAUGCCACUUGCUUCAUUCUGUCUUGUGCUAUAUAUGCAUUUUAAUGUUGAGCAUCGUUUAGUCUCUGAACAGUGUGUGUGGAUAAUUGAAACACGGGGAGGGAGAAUCUGUGCAGAAAUAACCUGAUAUUAAACAUCUACAGUACGAAUGUCAAGUGUCGAAUACUGUAAGAAAUUCUGCUCAUGCGUUUGACGCUGUUAUCCAAAGUGACAGUGCAUUUAUCUGAAUGAUUGCUCCCUAUGAUCCUAGUAAUAAUCCCACUUACCAGUUCUAAUGCUUCCGUUUUCAUUUGUAUUGUAUGUAAAUUAAACAGCAUCUCAAUCUGGUUCACAUAUAUGAGGUUUUUAAAUGAAUGUCCCGGUUGACGACUAUUGAUAUAAAGCCUUUGAACUUUUGGAUGUACAUAUACUAAACGGCCUCCGUGUGCUUCGUUUUUAUAGAUACCUAUUUGUUUUGCUACUGCAAUAAUGUGUCGACACUAAAGAGAGUGUUUGAUAGUGUAUGUGAUAUUUAUUCUGAGUUUCCAGUUCAUCAACACUUUAGUUGAUUUCUUUACUCAGUGUAGCAUGAUACUUUUCUUUCUUUUCUUUUUUUUUAGAGCCCAAUAAAUCGUUUCUUUUCUUUUCUUUUUAUUUUUCUAGUAUUUCAAUGUAAGUGUUUCUCUCCACAGCUAGUUUGUAAUGUUUGACAUAGUUGUACAAUCAAUUUAAAUUGGUUUAGUGAGUUUUGAGAGAUGUGCCUAUUGAAAUAUUGCUGUUUGGAAUCUUAAAUUAAAUUCUCAUGAACAGACUUUUAAGUUGCACUUUUUUUUGUAAUGCACCGUUCUUUGUCUUGUUUUCAGUAAGUGUUGUAAUUGAAAUCAAAUAAAAUGAUCAAAUUUUCCAAGGCAUUACAUGUUUGCAAAUUCCUCUGUAAAUCUGAUGACAUUCAUGUGGUGCAAUUGAAGAAUAGCAGUUGUGUGAGGAAAACAAAGGGAUUGUUUGGAUGAAAAUGUGCAUUACAAUUGUCUGAAUGUACACCGACUGUAUCCCCAAAAUGAUUAAUAGCGCUUUGACAUCGUCAUCAGUAUUUGCAUUUCAAACUUGAUAUGUUAACGCAUUAUUGUGUUUUGGUUUUACAUGCAAGAUUUAGUUGUUUCAUGAUUUUUGUAAUAUCCAUGUUAAUAUCCAGUACUUUUCUAAUUGAUUUACAAACCAAUAAAACAGUCCUCAAACAGUC